AUGCUGGUCGCCCACCCUGAUUCCACCUGCGAUGUCUGUCUCGACCCCUACUCAACCGACAAGACACCUUAUGCCAUUCAUUGUGGCCAUAUAUUUUGCCUCGCAUGUUUGAGAAGGACGGAGCCGCCUAUAUGCCCACUCUGUCGCGCCAGUUUUCGAGAUUACAAACGGCUGAUUGUCGAUCACAUUGCUCCAGUGACUGAUGACCAGGCUCGUCGAGAAGCAACGGAUCUCAUAGAGCGUAUCGCUCUCGUUUCCGGACCAAGGGCGCCAACACAAGAUGUCAACGGAGUCAUUGUCGACGUGAACGACUGGUUAGAAGCCCAUGCGGAGAAUCCGGACUCGAAUCCGGCUCUGCGCGCUGCGUUUGCUGCUCUUCAGAGGUACAGAGAGCUUCAAAGUAAGCGGGAAGAGGACAAGCGCACUCUUCGCGAGUACAAGAUUAGACUUCGCCGAAGAGAUAGGAUGGCUACCGCCGAUGACCAAAAUACUCGUGCCGUCGAGGAGAGCUUGACCACGCGAGUGGAACAGCUCGAGAGCAAGCUAGCAGAGAAGGAUAAAGAGCUCGAAUACUGGCACCGCACUUUUCCUGCUUAUGACCAAAUUCCGUACUCAGCCUCGCUUGACCGCGUAGACCGACCGUCUGACUCCGAUCAAGAUAGUCAAAGCACACCGCAGAACUCUACUACGAACAACCCUCUCCCUCCGCCCCCCAGACCUGUUUCGCUUGCGGCAUACAGACGGACGGCCAUCCCCGAAGUCCAACCUCAGCCUUACCUGGGCACGGGCUCCGCGACGUUCAUACCUGGGGCGCGGCACGAAGACCGCGUAAUCCCUCCCCCUGAGUUAUUCUC